AUAUCCCUUGAACCGUCCCCUGACUCGCCCGCCCCCCUCUCCUCCACCCUCUUCAACCGAAUACCAUCGACGCGUCGCCUCCCCCAUCACCAACCCGGCAAUCCCCCUCUUCUCCUCCUCACGUAAACCCUAACCCUAAUCUACUCGUCCCGAACCUCUCUCUCUCCUCUCUCCUCGAGCUCACCUCGCUAUGAGCUUCUCCACUCUCGGGCGCUCCCUCUUGCGAUCCGCUCGCUCCCGCUCCCAAACCGGCGCUCUUUUGGGUCGAUUCGUCGGGAACCCGGUGCGAGCUCCCUGCUCGGGGUGCGACGAUGGUGGAUUAGGGUUCAUUAGGAGUUAUUUGACUUCGGUUGGAGCGAAUAAGGUUGUUGGCGCGAGGAAUCAACUCGGGGAGUGGAGGUUUAUUCUUGCCAAUCCUAGUUUUAGGCGAUUGUUUUGCAGCGAUUCUCCAAAUAAGAAGAAUUAUGAGAAUUACUAUCCAAAGGAUAAGAAGGAGAUUCCGAAGGCGAAUGAGAAUAACAGAUCUGAUUCAAAGAAUUCAGGUACAGACGACCAAGGAAACUUCCAGGAGAAUUUCAUAAAGCAGUUGCAAAAUUACCUUGCUCCUCUCAUAUUUGUUGCUUUGUUGCUUUCGUCUUUCUCUGCUGGUUCAUCUGAGCAGAAGGAGAUCAGCUUUCAGGAGUUCAAAAAUAAACUGUUGGAACCUGGUUUAGUUGAUCAUAUUGUUGUAUCUAAUAAAUCAGUCGCAAAAGUAUAUGUCAGAACUUCGCCACGGACUAACACUCAGACUCAAGACAAUGAUAUUCAGGCUACCACAGCAGAUGUUCCUGCUAGACAUUCUCCCAGCCGGUUUAAGUACUACUUCAAUAUUGGAAGUGUAGAAUCUUUUGAGGAAAAGUUGGAGGAAGCUCAAGAAGCUCUAGGGAUUGAUCCACAUGACUAUAUUCCUGUAACUUACCUCUCUGAAGUAAACUGGUAUCAAGAACUGCUGAGAUUUGCCCCAACAGCCAUCCUUGUCGGACUUAUCUACUUAACGGGGAGAAGAUUACAAGGUGGGUUUAGUAUAGGUGGUGGUUCUGGGAAGGGGAAUCGUGGAAUAUUCAACAUUGGAAAGGCUCAAGUGACAAAGAUGGAUAAGAACUCCAAGAAUAAGGUUUAUUUUAAAGAUGUUGCUGGCUGUGAUGAAGCCAAACAAGAAAUCAUGGAGUUUGUGCACUUCCUUAAAAACCCUAAGAAAUACGAGGAUUUAGGAGCCAAAAUUCCCAAAGGUGCUCUCCUUGUUGGUCCUCCCGGCACUGGAAAGACCCUUCUGGCAAAAGCAACGGCAGGAGAAUCCGGCGUGCCCUUCCUGUCUAUUUCUGGUUCAGACUUCAUGGAAAUGUUUGUUGGUGUGGGCCCUUCCAGGGUUAGAAACUUAUUCCAAGAAGCUAGACAAUGUGCACCCAGCAUUAUUUUUAUCGACGAAAUUGAUGCCAUUGGUCGAGCAAGAGGUCGUGGAGGUUUCUCUGGUGCAAAUGAUGAAAGAGAAAGCACUCUGAACCAGUUGCUAGUAGAAAUGGAUGGAUUUGGAACGACUGCUGGCGUUGUUGUACUUGCUGGUACAAAUAGACCUGAUAUCUUGGAUAAAGCUUUGCUUCGGCCGGGUCGGUUUGAUCGCCAAAUUACUAUUGAUAAGCCUGACAUCAAAGGACGUGAACAGAUAUUCCGUAUUUAUCUUAAAAAGAUUAAGUUGGAUAAUGACCCCUCGUUUUAUUCUCAAAGAUUAGCUGCUCUCACGCCUGGAUUUGCUGGAGCUGAUAUUGCUAAUGUUUGUAACGAAGCUGCACUGAUUGCUGCUAGGAAUGAGGAAACCCAGGUCACAAUGCAGCAUUUUGAGUCUGCUAUUGAUAGGGUUAUUGGUGGUUUGGAGAAGAAGAAUAAGGUUAUCAGCAAGCUUGAACGCCGGACCGUUGCAUACCAUGAAUCAGGCCAUGCGGUUGCUGGAUGGUUUUUAGAGCAUGCAGAGCCCCUACUUAAAGUAACAAUAGUACCUCGCGGAACUGCAGCUUUGGGCUUCGCUCAAUAUGUCCCGAAUGAAAACCUUCUUAUGACCAAAGAACAGCUCUUCGAUGUGACGUGUAUGACACUGGGAGGCCGUGCAUCUGAAGAGGUUUUGAUAGGCAAGAUCUCCACCGGUGCGCAGAACGACCUGGAAAAAGUAACCAAGAUGACCUACGCGCAGGUCGCGGUCUAUGGGUUCAGCGACAAGGUUGGGCUCCUCUCCUUCCCUCAAAGAGAAGACGGCUUCGAGAUGAUGAAACCCUACAGCAGCAAGACUGGGGCCAUCAUCGACAGCGAGGUGAGGGAGUGGGUCGCCAAGGCCUACGAACGAACUGUCGAGCUAAUAAAAGAACACAAGGACCAUGUUAUCCAGGUCGCGGAGCUACUGCUCGAGAAGGAAGUCCUACACCAGGACGACUUGGUCCGUAUUUUAGGGGAACGACCGUUCAAAUCGAAUGAACCCACUAACUAUGAUCGGUUCAAGCUAGGGUUUAUGGAAGAGAAGGGACAAGAAGCUUCGCAGGGUGCUAAUGUUGCGGAUGAUGAUGGAACCCCGUCACUCGAUGGGGAGGUCGUGCCGACUUGAGCGGAGGGUGUUCGUUUGUGUUUGUAUAUUAUUUAAGAUUUUUUUUUUUUUCAGAUUAUUAUUAAUCUUUGCAGCUUAACAAAUUGUAUAAAUGAAAUUAAUGUAACUGAUCCCAUUUUGUGGGUGGUAUGAUGAUCAGAGACUACUUUACUGCUUGUGGGCACCCAUACUCUGAGUUUGCUGUCUUCAGGUUCAAAUCAAAUAAGUUUGCUGCUUCUGUAA